CUGGAGUUGUAUUUUCAGAUCAAAAGGUUAUAUUUUUCACAAGGCUGAAGAAAUUACAGCGCCAAUAUUUCCAUUUUUUAGCUCUGCGGAUGACUUUGCUACAUUAAAGAGCUGAGAGGACUGGAUUCAAUUUAGCAAGCAAGGAAUAAAUUUGCAGCUGCCUUCUACUCAGUACCCUCUCUUCACACAUUCACCGUCAUUGAGAUGUCGCAGAUGCUCAACAUAAAAGGUCUUGUUAAAAAAUAUAUAUAUAUACUUUAAGCAGUGUCUUCGAGAAAAUAAAAAGAGUGAACCAACUAUAUGCUACAACAUGCGGAUUAAUUCAAAGCAAAGAACCAAGUCUAUUUUGCUCGGUGCGGCUGGAUUGCUAUUGGUUGUAAUCGGAAUUGUGGCGGGAAAACUUAUUUUAUCCAUGGUGGUGAAGAAUAUAAAGAGUACUUUCUGUGUUGAUUCUACAACACAUGAAUCGUUUCAAGAUUGGAAGGGAGACGCAAGCAAAAGGAAGGCAACAUAUCAAAAGUUGGCGUACUACUGGAACAUGACGAAUGUGGACGGAUUUCUUCACAAUGGCGAGAUACCAAAAUUCCAACAAGUUGGACCGUAUAUCUACAGAUUCGCUAAUGAGAAGGCUGACAUCAAAUUUACUGAAGACUCUGUACGGUAUAAGUCAAUCACUCAAACUGAAUAUGACAGGGAAGCAACAAUGAAACAAUGUCCGAAAUGUAAAGAAGACGAUAUGCUCAGUGUUAUCAACCUUGGAUACAUUGGAGUCAUGAUGGCAGCUGGAGGAGACAAUAUCUUCGCUUUAAAUAUGGCACCCUACGUUACCAUGGCAAUCAUAGCGCCGGCACCUGACAUUGUUUUAACCAAACUUGGCCAAAAAAACGAAUUUUUUCCGAAUAAUUUUUUAUCAUUUAGCAAUGUGAUGCAAAAAAACUUCUCUCUGAUUGAGAUGAGAGGAUUGUACUCAAUUUUAUCAAAUGCUACUUUGCUGGGGACAGCAAAAGCAACGCCACCAAAAUGCCUAGCCGAUCCCAUCACACCAGAAUGUUUAAAAAUUGGAUUUCUGCCACUUGUUCAGAAUUUUCAAGCCACAACAAACAACAUCACCAUGUCAGUAUUAGCAGGCACAAUUCUUUCCUUAUUUUGCCCAAAUAUUACCCAUCAGUGUUUUCCAAUUUUAAACUAUUUGCUUCCUGUAGCUGGUUAUGUCACAAAUGUUCUUGUUAAGUUUACCAUGCAUUUAUUGAUUGACUCAAAACAAUACGGCUUGGUGACUACACGAAAGCAAAGCGAACUUAGCAUGGGUUAUAAGAUGAUGCUACCGGGUUUAAAAAAUGGAAUCGACGUAGAUGGUUUUGUCGGCAAUGAUAGCGAUAAAGUGAAAGCAGCAACAUCUUCAAAAUUUGAAGAAUAUUAUAAAUGCAAUGUUGAAUCAUCAACCGCAUUUGCAUGGAAAUCUCACAACGGUCUUGAUUUUGCUCCCACUGCUUAUCACGUGAACACGUCAGCUGACUAUCGGAAAAUAGAUGGAAGAUAUCGAAGGACGAUUUUUGGUUUGAAAACUUCUCUUACUGGUUGUAAAACAGCACAAGAAAUGGAGCAUGGCUCAUAUGACAUUUUCGAUUCUACGUUACAAACUAGCUAUCGUAUCACAAGAAAGUCUGCUUCAGUUUAUAGAACUGUUCAUGUACAAGACUUUGAUGUAGAUUUGCCUCGAUUGUUCAAGGUAAAUAAUAAGUCCGUCUUAAUCAAAGGAGUUCUUGAUUUAUCCAACACAAAAGGAGGAGUGCCAUUUCUUGUGAGCCCUCCUCACUUCUUCGCUGGAGAUGAAAAGUUGUCGCAACGUUUCAACAUGACACCCAAUGAAAGGGAACAUCAACCAAAGUUCAGAAUAGAACCAAUAUCGGGGAAUACAAUCACCAUCAAAUUCGGAAUACAAGUCAACACAGCUAUACCAAAACAUAUUGUUAAAGCUCCUCGAAAUUCAGCGUUGAAUGUCACCUAUGUAGACGAACCUGGAAGAUAUCUGCAUCCUGUACCAAUAGUAUGGGUUGAAAUUGACGCGUCGCCUACUGAUGAUGAACUGAAAGAUGCUCUGGUGUUGGCUGACGUCAUGAAAGGUAGCUGUGCAGCUCUUAUAGUUGGUCCGGUGCUUGGCUUGUUCUUCAUAAUCAUUGCUGUUUAUAUCUUCGUAAAAGCUUUAAAGACAGGAGGAUCGAUCGCAAAUGUUAAUGCCGCUACAAAGGAUUCGUAGUGUUAGAUACACGGGAAGAGUAUGUUUCAAAAGAGAUUGCUUGUGGAAUGAAUUGGUAUUUUUCAUAGAGAGAAUUAGCGAACCUUUUAUAGAAGGAUUCCAACUAUGGAUUUGUAGCCAAAUUGUUGGACAUACUAUUUUUAGCCACUUUAAUAACUGGAUUUUAACUUAAGAGCGGCACAGAACGUAGCGAAAAAAGGAUAAUGCUACAACCUGAUUGUUCUUUUUUCUGUGGGCGAAUUAUUUUUUUGUUCUCAUAAGAAUUUUUUACCAGAAAAACGAAAAAUUUAGUAAUGAAGAUAUUUUGAUCCGAUUCGUUCAGUUCUUGACUGAAACUCUAGCUUUAACCUUCCUUUCCUACCUCGAAACGCAAAACACAACUCGUCGGUUUACUGAACAAUUUAAAAGCGGGGAAUUUUUUUUAUUAUAGCUAUUUAUAUUUUGUUUCUUGGAUUGUUUUUAUUUAGUAUUUAUUUCAUACUAUUUUAUUUUUAAACUGACAAAUUUUUAAAAUUUGUAUUUAUUUGUAAAUAUGUAAAUAUUGUAAGUAGAAAAUGAGAGCUGAUAAAAAGGGUUG